GCGGAUUUUUUGGCUGGCUGUGAAAAAGUUCAGUGAGGACUCGGAGUGAAUCUGAAGGUUCCUGGAAAACUCUUUUCCUGGGAGGGACUCACUGAAUGACUUCCUGAGAGGAGAGGAAUCUAGUUAAGGAUCUCUGUGGAGGGAGGGGAGGUCAUGUGAGGUCAGAGCCGCGUGUUCGUACAGGAAGAUCAGCUGAUCCAGACAAAUGUGCGUCUCUAACUCUGAAGCAGAAACACAAACAGGCUGCAGCGUUUGAAGUGCGGUUUAAGGCGGGUUAUGAGUGUCGGAGCAGGAAGAGUCUGGUUCAGACCCGGGUCCUAAUCCUGCAGAGGGUUCGGUCCUGGAGGUCCUGCUUUAGAGGGACUCAGGCUGAUGUAGAGGAGGUGGACAUGAGCAGAAGGUUCUCUGUCUCUAAGAGCUGAAACACAGAGUCACGUGUCACAGACAUGAAGAUCCUGAGAGAGAGAGACGACCGCUCAGCUCUCUGUGGUGGUGACGGAAGAUCAGUUCUUUUGACUGACUCCUUAGAAUCAUUAAAACGAUUCGUUCAAAAGAUUCGUUCACUGAAUCAGUCAGUGUUUCGGAGCCCCGCCCUGUCGCUGCAGUAAAACCAGUGAGUGACACAGCGGCGAGUUCGUUCAUUAGCCCCUCCCCUCCCACAGCGUCGUUCUCUGGGUGACUCGUGUCGUUCAUUCGCCAAGUCCUGAAGGAAGAAUCACUCCCCCGCGCUGAAAAACUCACCUCUCUGUAUGUCGCCGUCUGUCGGCGGAAACAACACAGCAGCGAGCAGCACGCCGCUAAACGAGCGCGAGUCGUCGUUCUUUUAUACGACGGAAAAGUGGCGAGAAGAUAAAUAACGAUGUCAGCUGUAGCGAGGAUUCAGAGACUUUUAAAGAUAUCAAAUAUCGUAUUUCUUUGUAUUAAAUCUUCUUACAGGAAAGAUUAAACACGUGUUUGAAUGUAAAGGCGCCAUAAUGACCCGAUUUAUCUCAGUCAACCAACCACUCGGCAGGAAGUGAACGACGACACACCCCUCCCUCCUCCGCCUGAAUAAAGUCGUUCAGGAGUCGUUCGUUUGGUUCAGUCUGACUGAUUCAUGUCGUUCGUUCGUUUGAGCAGCAGAUAAAGAGUAAAAUGGAUUUCAUCCUGUAGUUUUGUUGUUUUUUCCUCCUGAUCUCACUCUCUUGUUGUUUUCUCCUCUCAGAGCUACAAACUGGCCGUGGAGCUCAAACCGGACCAGUCUCAGGCCUGGAUGAACAUGGGAGGGAUUCAGCACAUUAAGGUCUUCAUCAGACUCAUAAUAAAACAAACAUUUUAACAUUUAGAGAGAUUUAAAAAUACGUGGUAAACAAGGAUCACUCAUGAAUCUGUGGGAAUAAUAAUAAUAAUGAUAAUAAUAAUAAUAAAAUAAUAAUAAUAAAAAAUUAUUAUUAUUUUAUUAUUAUGAUUGUUGUUGUUGUUAUUAUUAUUAUUAUUAUUAUUAUUAUUAUUAUUAUUAUUAUUAUUAUUAUUAUUAUUAUUUUAUUAUUAUUAUUAUUAUUUUAUUAUUAUUAUAUUAUUAUUAAAUUAUUAUUAUUUUAUUAUUAUUAUUUUAUGUAUUAUUAUUUUUUAUUAUUAUUAUUAUUAUUAUUAUUAUUAUUAUUAUUGUUGUUGUUGUUAUUAUUAUUUUAUUAUUAUUAUUAUUAUUAUUAUUAUUAUUAUUAUUAUUUUAUUAUUAUUAUUAUUAUUUUAUUAUUAUUAUAUUAUUAUUAAUAUUAUUAUAUUUUAUUAUUAUUAUUAUUUUAUUAUUAUUAUUAUGAUGAUGAUUGUUGUUGUUGUUGUUGUUGUUAUUAUUAUUAUUAUUUUAGUAUUAUUUUAUUAUUAUUUUAUUAUUAUUAUUAUUAUGAUGAUGAUUGUUGUUGUUGUUGUUGUUGUUAUUAUUAUUAUUAUUAUUUUAUUAUUAUUAUUAUUAUUAUUAUUAUUAUUACAUUUCUUUAUUUGUCUCAUAAGGGGAAAUUCCAAAUUUACAGCAAAUACAAAAGAGAGAUUAAAGAAACUCAGGAGUUAAAAAUAUAUUAAUAUAUAAAAAAAGAUGUGUAGAUCUGUACAUGAGUGUUUUCUUACAGCUGUUUUGUACAUGUUGAUAUAUUGAUUAUUGAUUAGAAUCUGACUGAAAUCCUCCUUUUCUCACUCCUCAGUUUCAAAGACUUUAUCUGGAGUGAAGUGAGUCCAGAAAAUGUCAAAGUUUCAUGAACAUGUCCGACAGUAAAGAGUGUGUUUUUACGCCGUUUUCUUAUUUACUGGAAUGAUCGGGUUUUUAUGAAACUUUGGGCCAAAGUCACUGAAUCUCAAACAAAGAGAGACGUCAUCUACAAAUCCACCUUUUUAGGUCAAUAAUCAAUAAAACGUUUUCAGAUUUAUUGACCUGUAUUGCAGCUUUUACUGCAUUUUAACAGGCUGACUGAAGGGAACUUUGAACCGGUUCUGAAAGGGUUCUGGAGCUCUGAGAUCCGGGUCAUUUUAAAGAUCUCUGUUUCAUCCCUCGGUGUUAACCGCUCUGUCCGUGUUCGCAGGGAGACUAUGCAGCAGCCCGGAUGUACUACCAGAGAGCCCUGCUCCUCAGUCCGGGGUCCAAACUCUUGAAGGAGAACCUGGCCAAGCUGGACCGGCUGGAGCGGAAACUGACGGGGGGAGCGUAGACCACCCCAACCCAGCAGACGCUCUCUAUCCUGGACGGAGAUCAGCUGAGCAGGGCGCCAUCGCGCUCCGGAGCUCAAAGACGAGCCAGCGGCCUGCUCAGAGUAAAGACCGGGUUACAGGGAUGACCUGCCUGUCGGAGCAAAGGAUGAUGGGAAUGUAAAGAUGUGGACGAGGAAGGAAGAGGCGGAUCAGGCCGCAGACGAAGAGUCCGACAGGAGCAACAACCAGUCUCUGCUGUGAUUGGCUGAUUUCUCUCUACGUCGCUGUGAGGUGGAGCGACUCGUCUCUAAACCGUUUCUAACCCGCCGUGAUCUUCAGCGAGGACUUUGGUGGAAUCAGAGAUGAUCGUCUCAAACUCUCCGACAGCGGUCCAAAUAUCCACGUCAGCUGCUCCAGCUCCACCCUCUCCGUCUAAUAAAGACACGAAAAACUCAGAGGAAAGUCGGCGUUCAGAUCCUCGUGACGCACACGAAGGAAGUUCAAGUGAAGAUCCGGUCUCCUCAGACACAAACCGCUUAUUUCAGGUUUCAGGACCCGACAUGACGACUCUGCAGGUUUCAUGAGCGUGUGUGUGUGUGUGUGUGUGUGUGUGUGUGUGUGUGUGUGCGUGCGUGCGUGCGUACGUCGGUGGGAGGAGCUUGGACUGUUGCCGUCCUGCGUCUUUAACCCUGAAGUUCUCUGUCCGGUUGCUUGCUGUGUUUUUGUUGAUCUUGACUUCAGGAUGAAAAUGACGUGAGGAGAACGAGAAAAUAAAGUUUAUGUUUUAUUAAACGCUGUUUGACGUCUUUAUAAAUGUUUGAAACAGAGGAGGUUCAGGAGAACUGUAGACCUCCUCCAGGAUUUUACACAAAAUAAGAAAUAUAAAUAACAAAAUAUUACCAUAUAAUAUUUAAACGUGAUAUUUUAACAUGCAGUAUUUUAACAGGUAAUAUUUCCAGGUUUAAAGCAAAUCUCCUCUGAGCUCCUCCCGAGUGUCCGAGCUCCUUACCCUAUCUCUAAGUCUCUCGGAGAGCCUCAGAUCAAAUCAAUAUGAUCGACAAAUUACCAACAAACACCUGAACACAGUCGGAUCAAUGAUCAAAAUAUCCUCUUGUGGUUUAUCAGUUUCUAAUGUAUCAAAGAAGAUAAAUCAAUAUUCAAUGUUCAUUUUAAGGACAUUUUGAUUUUCUGGUUUUUAGUUUUCAGUUAAAUAAACAUUUCAGCUCCAAAAAGUGAAUUUUCAGGCCAUAAUUUAUGUUUCAGACAUUAAAAGUAAGAAACUCUGAGAAAAGAGCGUCUCAAACACAGACUUCUGUUUACUGAUUGAUUAUAUCAUGAUUGAUUGUUAUUUCAGUGUCUGUGGUGGACGUUAGUGAAACACAGCUGUGAUGAUUAUUCCACAUUUUUAUUUGACUGAAUUGAGCCGCUCAGACAUCGUCAUUAUAAAGUGUUUUUGUCACACGUACCUGCAGUUAACUCCUGAUAUUUCUGUAGUUUUGCUGCAGGUUUGAUGGAGGAUGUUCAUGCGCUCUCCUCCUGUGUGUCGAGUCAGUGCAGGUUUUUUUUCACCAACACUGGAUUUUUAUCUGGAUUCUAACCUUCUUCAAACUCCUGGUGACCCUGAAACCUCCUCUUCAUGAAAUCCUACAGUUUCUGGAGGAGCGUUUUCCCUCUCAUCAUUUUUUAAUCAGCUGUUUGACAUUCAGUCCGUUAUUCCUCCUCUCACAGAUGACCCUGAAGUUUUGUUGUUGUUGGAGAACUUCAGCAGAAACUGGAUCAGUAUUUCAGUUCACAUCAAAAACCCAAACAGGAACCAGUGCGGGGUCAGGGAUCACAGUGGACCCUCUCAGGACGGAAACCUCCUAAAAACUGAUCUUAACAGCAGGCGGGCGGGGGGUCCACUUCCUGAGACCCAGAACUCCUCAACUAUUUUUAGUUUCAUGGAAACAAACGACCAGAGUCCAGAAUGUGGAAACACCCCGAUCACACCGACAACACCUCGGUUCUGGUCUUCAGUCUCAGUGGGCGGGGUUUCCACGAGUUAAAGGCGGUCCGAGGUUCGAACGACUGAAGCCUGUGAGAGUUUCAUUCUGUUUGUCGUCCGUCUCUCUUCACCUCACACACCUCUAUUAAACCAGAAAUCCUCUAAAUAUAUAUAUAUAUAUAUAUUUAUAUAUGUGUUUAUUUUUUAAUCAUGUAAAAUUUCACAAACAUCAUUUUGUAAUUCAAGCUAACAUCGAUAAAUUAGGAGACGAACACAGAGAGAGAGAGGGGAGCAGAAACUGAACACAGCUAACUGACAUAAAAACACCGGAUCAUAAAAGAUCAUAAAAGUAGAUCUUAGAGACGGUCUGUCACCCCCCCAAACUAACACAGUCAGACCGACAGUUGGACCGAAACCACCUCUGAAACACUCGGAGCUCAGGUAGAACUCUGGGUGUCAGUUUUUACACGGCUGAACCCUGAAAGUUUACAGGAACCUUUGACGGCGCUCAGAUAGACGCUCAUUUCUGCUGCUGCUGUUGUUCCUGUGAAGUUUUGACUCGGUACAGUUUGAGGUUUGAGCUGAUGAAGAAAGCUGAUCAGAGGAGGAGGAGGAGGAGGAGGAGGAGGAGGAGGAGGUCUGCAGAUAAGAACCAAGAUGAGUUUUAUUUUAACAUCUGAAGGUAAAAAACAGAAACAGAGAGAAAGCUGGUCUGGACUCAGCAGGUGAAGUCCUGCAGUCCUCAUGAAGCUGAAGUCAAGAGUCUGUCAUUCAUAUGAAUAAUGUUUGUGUCUAAUGCAGCAGCAGGUGUAUCGUUUCCACUCUGAGGAGGAAUCAUUCAAGACUUCUAAACUCUUCCAGAGUUCUUCAGUCACUUCAGCUUCUGCCCAGAUGGAGUCACAUUCAUCAGUCUGCAGAUCUAAUCCAAGAGGUGGAGAGGAAAGACGGACACGGAGACUCCAGAUGGACUCAGAUCUGAGAUACAUACACACACCCCUGCUCUGUAAAUGUGUUUUCAGAGGUUGAGGUUAUUUUUCAGGACAGAGACGAGAAGGAGAGGAGAGGAGGAGAGGAGAGGAGGAGAGAAGAGGAGGAGAAGAGAGGAGGAGAGAAGAGAAGGAGAGAAGAGAAGAGGAGGAGAGACGAGGAGGAGAGGAGAGGAGGAGAGAAGAGAAGGAGAGAAGAGGAGGAGAGGAGAGGAGGAGAGAAGAGAAGAGAAGGAGAGAAGAGGAGGAGAGAAGAGAAGAUCUGACUGAACAGAGGAGGGUUAGAGUGUACAGAAAUCUGACAAACACAAACACACAGAAACAGAUCAGCAGGAGAGACUGUGAACUGAUUCAUCCUCUCCCUCUCUCUCUCUCUCUCUCUCUCUCUCUCCCUCU